UCAGCUGUAAGUGGGGAGGAAAAGUCGAAUGCUCGAGUGUUAUGUAGUUCAUGUCCUCAAGCGUUUCGUUGCAGUUGUAGCUAUGGCGUGUUUAAGCCCGAGUAGGCUCUGUGCUCGUGUUCAAGAUAAGUUACUGUGUCAAUUCGGACAUAAAGUUCGCAGACAAACUGUAUUUGUGAAACUGAAACCUCCUGGACCAACUCCGUUGCGGAUAUUUGGAAAGACAUGUCAGCGCGUGACCACAUGCGGGCCGGCGUGCGGCUCGGCGGGCGCGAGCGCCCCCAGUGUGGCCGGCGUGGCGCGCCGCCUUGCCUCCAGCUUGCAAAGCACAUCUACGGGCUCUCUGCCCGACUACGGCACACAGAUCGUCGACCCCUACCGCCUGCUGGAGGACGACCUUAACGGGAUAUACGAGGACAUACGAUCGGAAUUGGAAAGGAACACGAACCAGAGCGAACUGAACACCAUAGCUACAUACUACUUCGACGGACAGGGCAAGGCGUUAAGGCCGAUGGUCGCUAUCCUAAUGGCGCGCGCCGUCAACUACCACGUAUAUGGUGAAAACAGUGCACUCCUGGCAUCACAGCGACAGGUCGCGAUGAUAAGCGAGAUGAUCCACUCGGCGUCGCUGAUCCACGAUGACGUCAUCGACCAGAGCGACUUCCGGCGCGGCAAGCCCUCAGUCAACGUAUUAUGGAAUCACAAGAAGGUCGCGAUGGCCGGCGACUUCAUCCUCGCUGUGGCGUCGAUGAUGAUAGCUCGCCUGCGCAGCGAUGACGUCACACUCGUGCUUAGCCAGGUGGUGACAGACCUGGUGCAGGGCGAGUUCAUGCAACUGGGCAGCAAGGAGACUGAAAACGAGCGAUUCGCACAUUACCUCACCAAGACGUACAGAAAAACGGCGUCGCUCAUCGCCAACUCCGUCAAAGCGGUGGCCCUACUAAGCGGCGCGGACGAGAGCACAUGCGAGCUAGCGUUCCAGUAUGGACGCAACAUCGGCCUGUCGUUCCAGCUGGUGGACGACAUGCUGGACUUCGUAUCGUCAGCGCAGGCCAUGGGCAAACCCACGGCGGCCGACCUUAAGCUUGGACUGGCUACUGCGCCUGUGCUCUUCGCUUGCGAAAAGUACCCGGAAUUGAACCCGAUGAUAAUGCGGCGCUUCGGCGAGCCGGGCGACGUGGAGCGAGCGUUCGAGCUCGUGCACCAGUCGCGGGGGCUCGAGCAGACGCGCUUCCUGGCGCGCCGCCACGGGCUCGAGGCCGCGCGUCUCGCCCAGGAGCUCGCCCGCUCCGUCUACCAGAAGGGACUAGUGCUCGCCACCGAUCUAGUGCUCAACCGGAUCAAAUAACGCCCCAUCCCGCCCAUCCCGCCCAUCCCGCCCAUCCCGCACGCCGCGGAGACAGUUUUCAUAGUAGUCUUUGGAUCGUCCGGAACCGAAGAGUACUUUAAAAACGGCGAGCGUCCGGUCGCGUUCAUCUUCGGCUAGGAGUACUUUGAAAAGGGGCCGGAACUCUAAACGCGGCAUUGUCGGCGUUUUGAGCGGCGCGACUCGAGCCUCGGUGGGUCUCCCGCGGAGUGAAUGUAAACUAGUGGAAGUUGUGGAAGCCGACAUACGGCUAGAUAUUAUCGAAGAUAUUUUUACGUCGACUUGACACGAUGUGCCCUGAUAAAUUAUUCAAUAUAGCGAAUUAUAUUCAGUAUACAUUACUUAUACAUUGUAGUAUUUAGAAUGUAUUGUCAUACUAGAAUGAUCGAUCGGCGAUCGACGUCGAAACUUAUCUUUUUGUACUAUUUUUGUAUGUACAUAUAUAUUAUACAUUAUACCCUUCUGUAUGUAAGAGUACCUAUGUAUCUCUCACUUGUGUGACCUGAUUUAUUUUAAGAUAGUUUUCUAUGAAAAUAUUUAACACCGUAAACUAUCUGCGACAAUAUGACUUUGGUAGGAGAGUGUGUGUGUGACUUGUUACCAAAUACGGAUGUACAUAAUGUACGAUAGUGAAUGCUCAAUGUUUAUUGAAUACGAUAUGUUUCACGAAAAUACACUGUUGUUAUUGGCGCGAUAUUGUACAGUACGUUAUGUUUGUUGUAGAACGCUUGACUGUUUCAUUCCCCUAGUUCUUAUUUGUGCAAUUCUCUUCCCCGGUAGCGUAGGAUACUCGGACCGCUGGGUCCACAUCGUCACAAACAUUUCAGUAGGACUAGUUCGAACGUCUGUUACGAAUGCCGUCCAAUCCUUUCGCUAUUAUAUAUUAUACUGUGUAAAUACUGAGAGUCAUUGGAUAAGUUACCCGUUUUAUCUUCAAAACCAAUUACCUCAAUUUCUUAGUGUGCAUACUAGAAUACGUGUACACUGUACGUUCGAUUUAGUAUUAAAUUGUAAGCUUCAUCCGGCCGCACGGUAACAUAUAGGCAAAUUUGUCUCGUUUAAACGCUAUUCGCUACUUAGAUUAAAUAUUUUGUAAAUAAUGCAACUGAGUAUCAAACCCACUAACACUGGGUGGUGUUAGUGGGUUUGUAAUUUUGAGGUUCUAAAGAACCCACGGGCACAAGAGCGCAGUAUUUUAUAAAUCUUCUGUAAGUUCUUGUUAGUUAACAAAAUAUUAGUCACUUAAAGAAGUAACAGUAGUGUAAGGCCGACAUGAUGACUUAAAUAAGAAACGGGCGCGGCGACACAUACUGUCCUUUGCGCCCGUAAGUAUAAAUGUAUGAGAUAGACGGAGGCAGAAAUAUGUUACUGAAAUGAACAAUUAGGUCCCGAAGAUUGUAAUAUUUUUAAUAAAAGUGAAACAUUUAAACACUAUUUCUCUAUGCGGAGUUUAAAUCCGCGGCCUACGAGUAAUGUUAUUGAAAAUGUACUUGGUCUGAUUGGAUAGUUUUUUGAUGUUCCCUUUUAUUAAAGUUAUUUAAUUGCGUAAGCAGACGUUUCUGCUUAAUAUAAAAUAUUACAUAUUGUAAUCAUUAGAGAUAUAAAAAAAUAUAUGUUGCAAUGUUAAUUUGUUAAUCUAAAAUUAUUAGUGAAAUAAUUUUAGUCAUUAUGUCAGCGAAUACAAUAAACGAAUAAGUUGUAUGUUUUUUGUACAUUAUACGUUAAACAUGGGAGUCAAUGAACUUUAUUUAUAAUAUUGUAGAUGUGUACGUAGUUAAAACCGUUUGUAAAUAUGAAUACUCUGUAAAAUGAAAAUCAUGAAUAAUUUUUAUUAUAAACAUUAGUUACAGAA